UGCACUCAGUCAUUUCCUCUUGGGGCCCUUCCGUCUCUUCCUCUGCCCCUUAUUCCCUGACACACCUGGAGCCCCAGCACUGCCUCUAUCCCUGGCUCUUUCAGGUGCCCAGGGUGGAGGGGAAGAGAGUCCGCCAGACCCCCAUCCUGACAAGACAAGCUGUGUGGAGCUGCUGAGCCAGGAUGGCAGUGUUCAGGCUGGGCGACCAUGUGUGGCUGGACCUUCCCUCCACGAACAAGAUUGGCGUGGCCAUUGGAGGCAUUAUCAAGGAAACAAAGCCGGGCAAGGUCUUGGUCGAGGAUGAUGAGGGCAAGGACCACUGGAUCCACACAGAGGACCUUGGUGCCCUCAGCCACAUGCACCCCAAUUCAGCUCAGGGCAUGGAUGACAUGAUCCGCCUGGGGGACCUGAAUGAAGCAGGCAUGGUACACAACCUCCUGAUCCGAUACCGGCAGCACAAGAUCUAUACAUACACAGGCUCCAUCCUGGUGGCCGUGAACCCAUUCCAGAUGCUGCCUCUCUACACCACGGAGCAGGUGCGGCUCUACUACAACCGCCACAUGGGCGAGCUCCCUCCCCAUGUCUUCGCCAUCGCCAACAGCUGCUACUUCAACAUGCAGAGAAGCAAGCGGGACCAGAGCUGCAUCAUCAGUGGUGAGUCUGGGGCUGGCAAGACAGAGACCACCAAGCUCAUCCUGCAGUUCCUGGCCAUGGUCAGCGGUCAGCACUCGUGGAUUGAGCAGCAGGUCCUGGAGGCAAACCCUAUUCUGGAGGCCUUCGGAAAUGCCAAGACAAUCCGCAACGACAACUCAAGCCGCUUUGGGAAGUACAUUGACAUUUACUUCAACCCCAGCGGGGUGAUCGAGGGCGCACGCAUUGAGCAGUUUCUCCUGGAGAAGUCCCGGGUCUGCCGGCAGGCCCCCGAGGAGCGGAACUACCACAUCUUCUACUGCAUGCUCCUGGGGAUGCGAGCCCAGGACAAGGAGCUGCUGUGCCUGGGAAUGCCCUCCGAGUACCACUACCUGACCAUGGGAAACUGCACCUCCUACGAGGGGCUCAAUGAUGCCAAGGACUAUGCCCACGUCUGCUCGGCCAUGAAGAUCCUCCAGUUCUCCAACUCUGAGAACUGGGAUGUCAGCAAGCUGCUGGCUGCCAUUCUCCACCUGGGGAACGUGGAAUUUAUAGCUGCGGUCUUCGAGAAUCUGGAUUCCUCAGAUGUGGGAGAGACGCCUGCUUUUCCCACUGUGAUGAAGUUACUGGAGGUGCAGCACCAGGCACUCCGGGACUGUCUGAUCAAACACACCAUCCUCAUCCGCGGGGAAUAUGUCACCAGGCCCCUGAACAUCACCCAGGCCAUAGACCGGAGGGAUGCCUUCGCCAAGGGCAUCUAUGGGCACCUGUUCCUAUGGAUCGUCAAGAAGAUCAACACUGUGAUCUUCACGCCUCCUGCCCAGAACCCCAAACAUGUGCGCAGGGCCAUCGGCCUCCUGGACAUAUUUGGCUUUGAAAAUUUCCAGAACAACAGCUUUGAGCAGCUCUGCAUCAACUUUGCCAAUGAGCACCUGCAGCAGUUCUUUGUGCAGCACGUGUUCGCCAUGGAGCAGGAGGAGUACCGCUCGGAAGGCAUCUCCUGGGACUACAUCCACUACACUGACAACCGGCCCACGCUGGACCUGCUGGCCCUCAAGCCUGUGAGCAUCAUCUCCCUUCUGGACGAAGAAAGCCGCUUCCCACAGGGGACAGAUAUCACCAUGCUGCAAAAACUGAACAGCGUCCACGCAAACAACAAGGCUUUCCUGCAGUCCAAAAAUAUCCACGACACCAGAUUCGGGAUUGCUCACUUCGCGGGAGAGGUAUACUACCAGGCAGAAGGAUUCCUGGAGAAGAAUCGAGAUGUGCUGAGCACAGAUAUCCUCACCCUGGUUUGUUCCUCCAAAAACAAGUUCCUGCGGGAGAUAUUCAAUCUGGAGCUGGCAGAGACCAAGCUGGGCCGUGGAACCAUCCGCCAGGCAAAGGCAGGGAGCCAGCUCUUUAAGUCUACAGACUCGGCCAAGCGGCCUUCCACCUUAGCUGGCCAGUUUAAGCAGUCCCUGGACAAGCUGAUAAAAAUCCUGACUGACUGCCAGCCCUACUUCAUCCGUUGCAUCAAGCCCAACGAAUACAAGAAGCCACUGCUUUUCGACCGGGAGCUGUGCUUGCGCCAGCUGCGCUACUCGGGCAUGAUGGAGACCGUGCUCAUCCGAAAGUCGGGCUUCCCCAUCCGCUACUCGUUCGCGGAGUUCUCCCAGAGGUUCCGCCUGCUGCUGCCCAGCGACGCGCGGGCUCAGCUUCAAGACAAGUUCCGCGAAAUGACCAUAGGCAUCGCUGACAUGUGGCUGGGGACAGACAAAGACUGGAAAGUGGGCAAGACCAAAAUUUUCCUGAAGGAGGACCAGGACAGUCUACUGGAGAUACAGAGGAGCCAGGCUCUGGACAGAGCGGCAGUCAGCAUCCAGAGAGUCCUCCGGGGCUACAAACACAGGCAGGAGUUCCUGAAGCAGAGGCGGGCAGCCGUGACCCUCCAGGCCGGGUGGAGAGGCUACAGCAACAGGAGGAAUUUCAAGCUGAUCCUCGUGGGCUUUGAGCGACUGCAGGCCAUUGCACGGAGCCAUCUGCUGGCCAGGCAAUACCAGGCCAUGCGGCAGAGGGUGGUCCAGUUGCAGGCCCUCUGCAGGGGCUACCUGGUGCGCCAGCAGGUUCAAGCCAAGAAGAGGGCAGUGCUGGUCAUUCAGGCCCAUGCCAGAGGCAUGGCUGCCCGGCGGAGCUUCCAGCAACGGAAAGCCAGUGGCUGUGUGCAGGCACCACUGGUCAUCCCGGCAGCAGAAGAGCAGAAGAGUCCAGGUGCCCUCCCCACCAAGAAGCGCAAGUCCAUCUACGACACCAUCACCGACACAGAGAUGGUGGAGCAAGUGUUUGGCUUCCUCCCGGCCAUGAUUGGGGCACAGGAGGGCCAGGCCUCACCGCUCUUCAAGGAUUUGGAAGCAAAGACCCAGAAGCUCCCCGAGGUUGACCUGGACACGGUCCCCCUGCUGGAGGAGCCUGAGGAGGACGUGGAUGGCCUGGCCGAAUACACGUUCCCCAAGUUUGCUGUGACUUACUUCCAGAAGUCAGCCAGCCACACACACAUCCAGCGGCCCCUCCGAUACCCACUGCUCUACCAUGAGAACGAUGCUGACUGCUCGGCCGCCCUGGCUGUGUGGAACAUCAUCCUGAGGUUCAUGGGUGACCUCCCUGAGCCAGUGCUCUAUGCCAGGAGCAGCCAGGGCAGCUCGGUGAUACAGCAGCUCCACCACACGCUGGACAGGGAGGGCAGUGCCCAGAGUCUGCAGCAAGGGAGGUCUUCACAGAGGCCCGGCCACAGGGACAAGGGAACCAAGGAGAUCUCCUCCAUGAAGCUGAAGCGGUCUUCCUGGCUCACAGGCCAGGUGGCCAGCCAGCUGAACACUGGGGAGGAGACAUUGGAGCCCAGGGGCCUAGUCGCAGACAGCCCCAUGUCCAACCUGGAGAAGGUGCACUUCAUCGUGGGCUACGCCCUCCUGCGGCCUGGGCUCAGGGAUGAGAUUUACUGCCAGAUCUGCAAGCAGCUCUCGGAGAACUUCAGAAAGAGCAGCCUGGCCCGGGGCUGGAUCCUGCUUAGCCUCUGCCUGGGCUGCUUCCCGCCCUCGGAGAGGCUGAUGAAGUAUCUCCUGAACUUCAUUGAUCGGGGGCCAGCAGGCUAUGGACCCUUCUGUGCUGAGCGCCUGAGACGCACCUACGCGAACGGGGUGCGCACGGAGCCCCCCACCUGGCUGGAGCUGCAGGCCGUCAAGUCCAAGAAGCACAUCCCGAUCCAAGUCACCUUGGUGACUGGGGAGAGCCUGACCAUCACCGUCGACUCAGCUUCCACGUCACAGGAAAUCUGCCAGCACAUUGCCCACAAACAGGACCUUAGUGACCACCUGGGCUUCUCCCUCCAGGUUGCUGUGUACGACAAGUUCUGGUCCCUGGGCAGUGGGCGUGACCAUGUGAUGGACGCCAUCGCCCAGUGUGAGCAACUGGCCCAGGAGAGGGGUGAGAGCCAGCGCCAGUCGCCCUGGCGCAUCUACUUCCGGAAGGAGUUCUUCACCCCCUGGCAUGACUCCCAGGAAGACCCCAUCAGCACCAAGCUCAUCUAUCGCCAAGUCCUCCAUGGAGUCUGGGCUGGCGAGUACAGCUUUGAGAAGGAGGAAGGGCUAGUGGAGCUGCUGGCCCAGCACUGCUAUGUGCAAUUUGGUGCCUUGGCGGAGGACAAGGCUAUCCAGGAGCUGCUGCCCAGCUGUGUGCCCCCCAAGCUGUACAGGACCAAGCCCCCUGAGAAGUGGACUAGUCUCGUCACUGCCGUCCAUUCCAAGGCCUCAUAUACCCAGACGCAAGCCACGCGGCUGGCCGUGCAGGGGCAGGUGGUGGAUGCCGCCCGUCUACAGUGGCCACUGCUCUUCUCCCGGCUCUUUGAAGUCACCAUGCUCUCUGGUCCCCGCCUGCCCAAGACUCAGCUCAUCUUGGCUGUUAACUGGAAGGGGCUAUACUUUCUGGACCAGAGGGAGAAGAUGCUGCUGGAACUCUCCUUCCCAGAGGUCAUGGGUCUGGCCACCAACAGGGAGGCCCAGGGUAGCCAGAAGCUGCUGCUGUCCACUCUGCAUGGGGAGUAUGAGCUUCUGUCCCUCAGCAGUGUAGCCAUCGCUGAGAUGGUGGCCCUGUUCCUGGAGGGCCUGAAGGAGAGGUCCGUGUUCGCCAUGGCCCUGCAGGACAGGAAGGCCACAGAUGAUCCCACCAUCCUGGCCUUCAAGAAGGGGGACUUGUUGGUCCUGAAAAAGAAGCAGGGACUGCUGGUCUCUGAGAACUGGGUGCUGGGCCAUAAUGAAAGGACAGGCAAUACGGGGCUGCUGCCCAUGGACUGCCUCUACACCAUCCCCAUGGUGGCCAAGCCCUCAGCACAGCUGCUGAGCUUGCUGGCCAUGUCUCCAGAGAAGCGCAAGCUGGCAGCCCAGGAGGGGCAGCUUGCAGAGACCCCGCCUGAGGAGCAGCCCAGAAAGAAGCUGCACACCCUGGAGGAGUUUUCCUAUGAGUUCUUCAGGGCUCCAGAGAAGGGGACAGCAAGCAGAGCUGUUCUGCCACUGGUCAGCACCCGAGGCCACCUAUGGGCCUUUUCUCCUGAGCCACUGCGGCAGCCACUGCUCAAGCGCGUUCAUGCCAAUGUUGACCUCCGGGACAUCGCCUGCCGGGCCUUUGUGGCCAUCCUCAGGUACAUGGGUGACUACCCCUCCCGGCAGGUCUGGCCCACCCUGGAGCUCACGGACCAGAUCUUCUCAUUGGCCCUGCAGGACUCAUCCCUACAGGAUGAGGUCUACUGCCAGAUUCUGAAACAGCUGACCCACAACUCCAACAGGCAUAGCGAGGACCGGGGCUGGCAGCUACUGUGGCUCUGCACCGGCACCUUCCAACCCAGCAAGGUGCUGCUGCCCCACGUCCAGAAGUUCAUAGACACACGGAGGGGGAAGCUGCUGGCCCUCGACUGCAGCCGCCGCAUCCAGAGGGUCCUGAGGACUGGGCCCCGGAAGCAGCCCCCACACCAGGUGGAGGUAGAGGCUGCUGAGCAGAAUGUCACCCGCAUCUGCCACAAGGUCUACUUCCCCAAUGACACCAGUGAGAUGCUGGAGGUGUGCAGCAACACACGGGUGAGGGACGUGUGUGACAGCAUCAGCACCAGGCUGCAGUUGGCCUCCUGGGAGGGCUGCAGCCUCUUCAUCAAGAUCGCAGACAAGGUCAUCAGCCAGAAGGAGGAAGACUUCUUCUUUGACUCCUUGAGGCAGGUGUCUGACUGGGUGAAGAAGAAUAAGCCCCAGAAAGAAGGGGCCCCCGUGACACUCCCCUACCAGGUAUACUUCAUGCGGAAACUGUGGCUCAACGUGGUCCCGGGGAAGGACGUGAACGCAGACACCAUACUCCAUUACCACCAGGAGCUGCCCAAGUACCUGCGUGGGUUCCACAAGUGCUCACGGGAGGAUGCCAUCCAUCUGGCAGGCAUCAUCUACAAGGCCCAGUUUGACAAUGACCGGUCCCAGUUGGCCAGUAUUCCCAAGAUCCUAAAGGAACUAGUGCCUGAGAACCUCACGCGCCUGCUGUCCUCAGAGGAGUGGAAAAAGAGCAUCCUUCUGUCCUAUGACAAGCACAAGGACAAGACAGUGGAGGAGGCCAAGGUGGCCUUCCUGAAGUGGAUCUGCCGAUGGCCUACCUUUGGGUCUGCCUUCUUUGAGGUGAAGCAAACCUCGGAGCCCUCCCACCCAGACAUCAUCCUCAUCGCCAUCAACCGACAUGGGGUUCUGCUCAUCCACCCCAAGACAAAGGACCUGCUGGCUACCCACUCCUUCACCAAAAUCUCCAGCUGGAGCAGUGGCGGCACCUACUUCCACAUGGUGCUGGGGAGCCUGGGCCGAGGCAGCCGCCUGCUGUGCGAGACCUCGCUGGUGAGCAGCCUGGUGCCCUCUCCCAGCCCAGAUUUGAACAAAGCAGCACUGGGGCAGACCAGGAGGGAGGGCUACAAGAUGGAUGACCUGCUGACCUCAUAUGUGCAGCAGCUCCUGAGCACCAUGAACAAACAGCAGGGCUCACAGUCCUUGGCCCUGGCUAGCUCCUAGUAUGACCACCCAGUUGCCCUUCCUGACCAGGGUACCCCCACAGACCAGACCUGGCAUGCCACACUCUCCUCCAAAAAACACAGCAUCCAGAUGACCCUCUCUCCUGGGCACUGACCACAGGGGCCAAAGGAGGACCCCCCAGCAGAAUGCUCAAUAAAAGUGUAUGGAGCAAAGUGUCUGUGAGGGAUGAAGGUCGCUGCAAAUGAGUGGGAGGCUGGGGGUGGGGGGCUGUGGCCCACAGAGGGUCUCCAGAAAGCAAAGACAUCAUGACUUCUCCAGGUAAACUGGUGACAGCUGCAUUCUCCCAGGAAGACUUCGCUCCUUCCUUCCGUCUCCUUCUUCCUCCCUGCCUUCCUGUUUCUCAGCCUCCGUGAGAGGGCACUUGCUGGAGAGUCCUCCCAGGCCCUUCUGCGUGCCUUUUCUCCUCCCCCCCAGGGCACUGGGAUGAAAGGACUGCUUUCAGAAGGCCAGCCUGUGCCAGGCAGUGGGCAGAGCUGGACACAGGGCUUUGGAGGCCUGGGUCCCCCUACCUCACUGGCAGGCUUUGUCCCAGCCCCAUGGGCCCAUCUGCCCA